AUGGGUCAACAUUUGGACAGCCGCGAGGAGACCAAGACGGACCGCUAUGGGAUGAGGAGAGAACGCGACGUACUUCUCCUUUAUGGCGCAGCCUUCCGCAACAUCCCCCAGGUUAACAACCUGGAAAACCAUGUACCUCGCCUGUCUCUAGACUCGACACUGACAGCCUUGUGCCAACUUACGGCCAUCCGUAUGGGGGCGCAACGGUCCAUGAUAUCGCUCAUCGACGACGAACGACAACAUAUACUCGCAGAGGCAACUCGUGACUUACCCUUACGACCAGAAGCGCCAGGUGAUGCUCCAAAAGACCUUUGGCUCGGAAAUGUUAGCACUCCGCGGAGCUGGGGCCUAUGUGAAAAGGUCUUGGAAUUGGACCGGCAUGAUCACCCAGUCUUUGUCAUCAAUGAUCUUACUACAGAUCAAAGGACAUGUCUUCGCACCGACGUCCAAGGGAAUUCCGACAUGCGCUUCUACGCCAGCGUCGCGUUGAUGUCUCCGAACGGCGCAGUAGUUGGAACGCUUUGUAUCUUCGACAAUAAGGCUCGAGAAGGUUUUUCCAAAGAGGAAAUCACUUUGUUCAAGGACCUGGGCUCUACGGUCAUUAAUUACCUGAACACAUACACGAUCAGGGACAAGUACAGGCGAGGGGAGCAGUUCACCCGCGGUCUCGUCUCAUUUGCUGAAGGCGCCUCUUCUCUCGCUCCGUUUGAUGGUGAAUCUCGGCACAAUUCGAUGGCAGUCUCCCAAACAUUGUGGGAUCCAUCAUCCACAUCAUCGCGAGAUGAGAAGGACAGAGCACCUACGGAUAGGGCCACGACUGCGCAAGAAAGAGACGAGUUGCACCAGACUGUUCCCAACCAAUCACUAUCAGCAAGACCGAAGGCGAGUCGUGCCAGAUCUAACCGACAUCGGUCGAUUCGGUCGCUACAGGACUCCAUCUUACCCACCGACUCAAAGUCCAUGUUCUCUCGUGCUGCAAACUUAUUGAUGAGCUCGAGCGAUCUGGAUGGAGUGCUCAUCCUCGAUGCGAGCGUUGCAGCAAGCGGGGGACAGCGUCGGAACAACAGCGCCUCAAGGAGCGAAACUGAAGCUCCCUCCGAAUCGUAUCGAUCUAGAUCUUCCAGCGAUGAAGCGAGCUCAAACAGCACCGAAGAGUAUGCCCGCGGCACUUCCUCCUCGACGUCCAAAAUGUGUCAGCUACUUGGAGUAGCCACCCCGAGCGACAAAGAGCCGGAAUAUGGGACAUUAUUGGAACCUGACCUUUCUCGCCUGUUUCACGAAUACCCACAUGGCAAGAUAUUUACUUUCAGUGCUGAAGGCGAUUCCUUAUCCUCGAGUGAGGAAGCGGUCUCGAGCCUCAAGGUUGCUGAACAUCUGUCACCUACCCCGCUAUCGAAGCGCAAGACCAACGAUCGAUCACAGCGGGGAUCGGCUGCUAUACAGGCGAUGUUUCCGAGAGCACGCAGUAUUGCUUUCAUUCCCUUUUGGGACUUUGAAAGGUCCAGAUGGUUCGCCGGCUGUCUCUGCUGGAGCAACGAUCCAUACAGAUUAUUGUCAGCAUCUGUGGACAUGGCAUAUUUCAAGAUUUUCAGUCACUCAAUCAUGAGGGAGCUCUCAAGACUAGAUGCUGCAGCCUUGGAUCAGGCCAAGUCGACGUUUAUUUCGUCUAUUUCACAUGAGUUACGUUCGCCCCUGCACGGAAUACUCGGUACGUUGGAGUUCAUCAAAGAUACGCCGCUCGACUCGUUCCAGACGAGCAUGAUGAACUCUUUGCACGCCUGCGGUACGACGCUGCUUGAUACCAUUAACCAUCUCAUGGACUACGCCAAGAUUAGCGAGGAAAAGAAGAUAGUCUCCUCGAAAAAACUGAAAAAUGAGAACACGAUACGGCUAUCUUCGAAACCAUUGAAAAGCCGACGACGAAAGGUUUCUGCGUUUGAUCUCGGGAUCGCAACCGAAGAGGUAGUGGAAGCGGUACUUUCUGGAUCUUCGUACAUUCCAGCCACGUCCAGGCUCAUGGAAGCACCCAUAUCGCCUACAGAUGAACACGCCAUGUCGUUUCCGCAACGCCGAGCACGUUUCGUCGUUUUCGAUCUGGCUUACGAUGAUGAUUGGGUCUUUUCGUUUCCAAUUGGAUCUUGGAGAAGAAUCGUGAUGAACCUGUUUGGCAACGCUGUCAAGUACACUGAAACAGGGUAUAUUCAUGUUUCCCUACGAUCCAGUAAUCUAGCAGACAACGCCGAUGCCCCUACAGCGAUCACACUCACCAUUACGGAUACUGGCUCAGGUAUGAGUUCUAGUUUUCUCGCAAACCGCCUCUUCCAUCCAUUCUCCCAGGAGAACCCUCACGCGCCAGGCACAGGCUUGGGUAUGAGUAUUGUGCGCCAAAUAAUCGACACGAACGGUGGCAAGGUUGAAGUCAGCAGUGACCGCAACGUGGGUACCAAACUCAUUGUCAAACUUGCUCUCGCCAGACCGGAGGUACCUGGUACGAUGACAGCGGAGCGAGCGCAGUUUCUGUCUUAUCUGCCGAGGCUAGAAGGCCGGAGAAUAUGCAUCCUUCGCAAGACGAUAGAGAAACCAGCUGAAGAUGACAGCCUCUCAAAGACGGACGAAGGCCUAUUACGCUUCACUAACGCACUGGUCUACACCUUGGAGACGCAUCUUAAGAUGGAAGUCGUGAAAACGAAUGAGUGGGAAGGUCAUGACGCCGACAUGGUCAUCUGUCCGGAGUUAUCCUUUGACUACCUCGCUACGAUCCGUAAACGAAGGCCCAACGGCCAGCGCGCCCCAGUGACUAUCUUUGUCGGUAUGGAUGCACUUGAAGCAGCGACCCUGCGCUCUGACGUCCGGGUCACCAACCGGGAGUCGGUAGUAGAGAUUAUCACCCAGCCAUGCGGGCCUUAUAAACUCGCCUGGGUUCUGAACCGAUGUUUGGAUCGUUACGAACACCCAGCUGAAAACUUGCAACCCACUGGUGUGUCCAGCCCACCGCCGCAGCCCAUGUGGCAGAGUCCGCCGCAACAGUCGCGUCCUUCAACACCAAUGAAGUCGAUGCAGAGUGCCAUUGAGUCUCUCGAUUCAGAAUCACUCAGACCGAUUGCUCCUUCUACAGCUGGAUCCACAGUUGCGCAGGCUUCCGUUACUUCGCCUACGUCGCCUCAAGAAGACGACCCUGUGAUAUCGCACACACUCAUCGUCGAUGAUAACCCGUUGAAUCGACGACUCCUCGUCGCAUUCAUGAAGAAGAAUGGUCUUCAAUUCGACCAGGCAUCAAAUGGACAGGAAGCUGUGGAUAAGUACCGGGAAGGACCGCGCAAGUACGAUGUCAUAUUGAUGGAUAUGUCUAUGCCGGUCAUGGACGGCAUGAGCGCUACGCGAGCCAUCCGCGAGUACGAGCGCAACAACAAACUGACAAGGUGUUCUAUUGUCGCACUUACUGGGUUAGCAUCGUCGAGCGCUAAGUUAGAAGCGUGGAGCUCAGGGAUUGAUCACUUUAUGACUAAGCCUGUCAAUUUCAAGGCGCUGGGAGACCUUCUCAAGAGCGAUGAGGUGCGGAGGCAUGCGAGACCAACAGAAGCGGGUAAUAAUGGGGCAGCAGCUGAUAUGCCUUCUGAGGAGGGUAGGACGUGA